CUUAUUGUACUUUGACAUGAACCCCUAGGCCUAUUCGAGAUGCAGAGCCCAAGUCGUGUGGCUGUAUUCGGGGUUUACUCCACAAGGCCCAGCACCGCUACGCCUAGACCCUAGUAUUAAUCUCAUAGGGCUAUAAAAGAAAUUAAGAAUCCCUAAUUCCCAAAUUGCUUCAUCCAGGUUCCAGUGCUUUCAGCAAAUCCAACGGAACGAGGGUUUCAUCAAAUUUGUUUGCAGUUUUUUCAUCUAAUUUAUUAUAUAACUUAUUUGUAUCAUAAAAGGCUGUUCCUUGAGCAGCUUUAGUUUUAGUUACAUAUUACCUUAAAUGGGGAACAUAAAACAAGAGAGAGCACGAUUUGUCGAGGAUCGGAUUAGUGGAAUGCCGGAUGAAAUUCUGGUUUCCAUUCUGUCUCUCGUGACACUGAAGGAGGCGGGGAGAGCUAGUGUCCUUUCUCGCCGAUGGCAAAAGCUUUGGAUUUUCGUUCCUAAUUUAAAUUUCGACGCACAAGAGAGAUUAUACUAUUUGGACGACCAUAGAUGCGAACGGGGAUUGGAGAGAUUAUAUCGUAUUGAAAGGACCAAGUAUGUGAUGUGGGUGAAUGGUGUACUGAAAUUGCAUCGGGCUCCCACUAUAGAUCAAUUUAGAGUUUCUUUUGAUUUGGAUGUGGAUUAUAGACAUGAUCUUGAUCAUUGGGUCAAGUUUGCAUUCGAAAAGAGAGUACAAAGGCUUGAGCUGAGCUUUGAGCAUGUCAGUUCAAAUCCCUGCCCUUUUCCACCCUUCUACCGGACUCUUAGUUUUCCCAGGUGUAAUUCCCUCAGGGCCCUCAUUUUAAAAUUUCUGAAUGUAAUUGGAGAAGUUUUGGAGUACUUCAUAUGCAACUGCCCCUUUCUUGAACGACUGUGUGUGCAAAAUUCAGCUGCCCUUGUCAAUCUGAAAGUUCCCGGUCCAUUACUCCCCUUAAAGUACUUAGAGAUACGCCACUGCCACAAGCUACAAAACCUAGAGAUUUCUGCAAAAAAUCUUGUAUCUUUCGUAUACUCUGGGCCAAAAAUAACCAUGCCUUUUAGGUAUGUACCCAACCUCGUUGAAAUGUCUUUGGGGGGCACGUAUUGUGAAUAUUCAAUCUAUCAAUUCUGUGAGUUUUCAAGUUGUCUUUCGCGGCUAGAGACCCUUAUAUUGGAACUUCCGAGGAUCAAGAAGCUCAUUGAAUUGCCUACAUUAAGUAAUCUCAAGCAAUUAGAGUUGAUAGCUUUCGAUGCAAGUGAUAAUGAAAGCCUUCUUGGGUUGACUUCCCUGUUAAAAGCAGCUCCUAUCUUGUGCAGGUUAACACUGAAGUGGUACCAAUCCAAGGGUGGAAGAAAAGUACAAAAAGCUCCAAAGUGUCCCCAUCAUUGCCUCAAACUGGUGGAAUUCGUUGGAUUUACGGGGCAAAUAAUUGAUGUCGAGUAUGCCAUGUUUUUGAUUGAGAAUGCCGUUGAGCUUGAGAAGGUAAUAAUUGAUCCUCGAUGUCCCCUUAUGGUUGGAUCGCCAUGGGAGUACAAUGAGAUAGAGGAAAUACAAGCUGCUCGAGAGUGUGCGAAAAUGCUUGGAAGAGAAUUAUCUUUAGGUGAUAAAUUAGUAAUCCUGUAAUUUUUUCAUUAUUGAUCAGUAGUAAUUUAGCGGAUAAAAUUUAAUUGACAAUAUGUUUUCGGAUGAUGGAUAAAUUUUUCUUAAAGAAAAAAAAAAAAAGGCUUUUGCUCUGGUUUGAUA